AGGUUGGAUUUGGCGGGUGCGCGGGGGCGUACGGUAUAUAUGCGCGGCCCCCCCGAAACUGAAGAACAUGUGACCCCCGCAAACUCUCGCUGCCGCCGCCACACCUACGAUUGCUCCUCAAAACAAGAAACAUGGCUUUCUACAAGCACUCAGUUCCCAAGAGCUACUCGACCUCCACCAUGACGGACCGCUUCGACUGCUUCUACUGCCGCGACAACCUGCACGGCAAGAAGUACGUGAAGAAGGACGACAAGCACGUGUGCACCAAGUGCUUCGACAAAGUCUGCGCCAACACCUGCGCUGAGUGCAGGCGACCCAUCGGCGCCGAUGCCAAGGAGCUGCACCACAAGAACCGCUACUGGCACGAGGACUGCUUCCGCUGCGCCAAGUGCUACAAGCCGCUGGCCAGCGAGCCCUUCUGCGCCCGCGACGACGGCAAGAUCAUGUGCGGCAAGUGCAGCUCCCGCGAGGACGGCAACCGCUGCCAGGGCUGCUACAAGGUGGUCAUGCCAGGCGACAAGAACGUGGAGUACAAGAAGAAGCUGUGGCACGAGGAUUGCUUCAAAUGCUUCGAGUGUAACCAGCCAAUCCGCACGCAGAGCUUCGUGGCCAAAGGUGACGACAUCUUCUGCACCACCUGCCAUGAAAAGAAGUCUGCCAAGAACUGCUUCCACUGCAAGGAGCCCAUCACCUCCGGUGGGAUCACCUACCAGGAGCAGCCCUGGCACAAGGAGUGUUUCGUGUGCAAAACCUGCCGCAAGCCCCUGAGCAACACUCGCUUCACCGCCCAUGAGAACGACUACUACUGCACCGCUUGCUACCGGAGCGACGUGGCCAAGAAGUGCCACAGCUGCAAGAACCCCAUCACAGCAGGGUUCGGCCGCGGCACCAACGUGGUGAACUACGAGGGCUUCUCCUGGCACGAGAACUGCUUCACCUGCAAGAAAUGCUGCCAUUCCCUGGCCAACAAGCGCUUCGUCAUGACCGGGGAAAACGCCUACUGCCUCCUCUGCGCUAAGGUGUGAGGGGCGGUUUGCGAAAGCACAAUUCCGCCCCGAAAGAGAAAUCAAAUGGAAACAUCACCGAAAGGAGCCGAAUCAAGAUCAAUUAGGGGUGUCAUUUCUGUUCAUCCGCGGAAGAUUCAGUUAUAAAAAUACUCGAUAGCUGCAGCCAUAUUUGACAGCAUGAAAAAAAAAAAGAAAAACAUUUGAACGCGCAAAGUCUUGCUUGAAUAUUUCCUAUGCACGUACUAACACGCAGAGAGCAUUUUAUAUCAAGAUAGGUGCUGAUUUCAAUAGGAGACAUUCAGUAUGAUUUACAUUAAUACAAGCUUUCAUGAAUGCUUUUUUUUGUUUGUUUGUUUUUGGAAUGUGGUGAUUUCAAAUUAUAGCACUUGAAGCUGAACUAUAAACGAGCCAUGUAUCGCAAGACUUUUGAAGUGACGCUAAAAAGGAAAACGCAUAAUGAAUAAAGAUGGUGGCAAUCUCAAGUCUA